AUGAGCCGAGAUGUGACUCUGACUGCGACCAUGACACGGACAAAGCCGAAUUGCUUCAAUUUCCUGUUCCAAAUCCUCAAGAAGAUUGAGAUCCACAGCUCCGAUGUCCGGACACAGUGUGAUAUCUUCAAGGCGUGUGCGUCUGACUACGGUCUCAGCAAAGCUGAACAUGACGCUGUCGAGAACUUGCUGAUGUACAUCUCUCCGAAGGCCAGGGAUAUUCUGUGCAAGCUGGCGUCAACGCAUGGCAUGGUCAAAGGUCCCAUCAAUCAUCAAGGCAUCGCAUCAAAAGCUCUCCGGUCCAAUUUCCUUGUCAAGACCGAUGUUGACUUCUACGAGGACAGGUUGAGCAACGAUGACGAGACCGUGGAGCUUAUCUUGAAGCGUAUUCAGCUCGACUACUUGAACACCGCUGCUGGCAUGAGGAGCAGUGCGUCUGAUGACAAAGUUCAAUUCCUUCAGAAGUCCGCCCGAAUGUUUCUCCUGUACUGCGAGAACCUGCGCAGCAAGUUGCCUUUAGAGGUCUACACGGCUGCGCUCCCAGCCUUGCAAGAGAGCUUCUUGAACAGCAGCUUCGACGACCACCUCGUGGAGCAGCGCGAGAAGCUACCGGUGCCACUGGAAUGCACGUCGCUGCCUGACUUCAAGUACAUCGUCGAUAGGUCAGAGGCGGAAAUGAGAAGCGCAGAGCUGAAGAAACGCAAGGAGCUCCAGAUCAAAGUAGAUCAUGCGAGUUUCGAGUCGCUCGAAUCUGAGAUCAGCGAGGAUCUUGAGAAGCUCGUGCAGUACGACAAAGACCUGGCCCGAGCGAAGGAUCUUUGGGCCCCCAAGGUCCAAUCGCACCAAAGGAACAGGCGCGAGACUGGUCUCAAGAGGGUCAAGGAAGUGAUGGACAGCCGCCUCAGCAUUAUCACUUUGGACAGUGGCUACAAAAGCAUCCCCAAGCACUUUGGGAAUUUCAGGGCAAAGUGUGCAAAGGAUAUGGACUUGACGAAGAUACGUGAGGAAGCCCAGGAGACAUUGGUCGUUCUGGAUUUGGGGAAGCCGCCGACGCUGACAGCUGCGCUUGAGAUGCUGAAAGCUGGAGCGGAUAUUUGCCACCAGUCCGCCAACAACGCGCUCCUCCUGAAGUACCCGUGCAAGACCACGUCCACCAACAUGAAGACGCAUUUCAAUUUGGUAAGGAAGCUGGAGGACGGCCUCCUGACAAACUCGCUCAACAUUGACAUCGCUCUCAACGUGCUCUUCGACACUAGCAGCUUUCACGGCAAUGACAGUCGAGAAGCUUUGUCACGUUUGCGGCUUUGCCUUUCGGAUAAUUUCGAGCACAGCCCGUGGUCAAAAUCUUUGGCGACAGACAACCACAUGCUCAUCGACAAUGUCCCCAUCAUAAGCCAUCGGGACAUGAGGCACAUCCCUCAGUCGAGCGUUGAGUUCCAGACCGAGAACAUCGGUCCCCUCGAGAGGGUGGCCCAGUUGGGAGCAAAAGCGUGGAAGACGAUCUUGCAGCGUCUCACGUGCGGUCGGGGAGGCGAAGAUCAAGGCCCAACAACCCGCAAAGUCACAGUGCUCGAUCCUUGCCCGAACUUUGGGGACGUCCUUGAGGCAGUCUGGAUGCUCAAUGAGGACUGGCAGAAGGGCGCUGAAGUUCCGUUGUUUGUUGGGGCGGGCUUUUACUGCGCAGCAGGAAGCGCUGAAGCUGAAAAGUCCAAGAGCCUUGGAAUGACGAGCUUUUUGCAGGGCAUGCUCAUGCGACGAUGGUGGGAGCCGAGUACAGAAGCAGGCCCGGCAGAACCCCGCCGGACAUCUGACACGCAGGUCCAGAAACCCACCCUGCACAAGUUGACGUGGGAUGACAGGACAGGGAAAGCAAUCGUCCCCAACGUUGUGCUGGAGAGAUUUCGGGAUGCGGACCCAGACGUGCGGGACAAGUGGGAGCUGUUCAGCAAGCAAACGAAGGUGGUUAAAGGCAGACCUAACAACUCCUCUAAUCCCGACCAGGAGGCGCUGGGAAAUCUCGGAUCGCUAUCAUCGGCAUCUACGUCUGGGAAUGACUCGGGUACAGUUGGAAUCAAGCUGGACGGUCCGGAGUUUGACCCUCGAGGCACCCAACCGGUCGACCUGAAGAGAAACCUCAACCCACUUGUGAAGGACUACGCAAAGCAAGACAUGGAUAUGACGAGAGUGUUCCUCGAUCUAAUUCAGCUGUACACUGUGAAGCCCACCCGCGCGCAGCCCGGCAUCUACAUCACCAAAGACAUGUCAGUUCUUCUCUUCAUCGAAAAGGACAUGCAUGGCAAUAGCUUCAACUGCCCGGCCGGUGAGCUUUUCGGGUUCGGGAGCGGCACGUUGCUCUACGAUGUGAUGGCUGGAUUCCAAGGCGCAGUGGGGGCCACUCCGUUCAUCAUAAGCCACGACACAGACUACGUCGUUGCUGUCGAUGAGGGCAAGAAGGAAAUCAAAACGAUCUGCUCACUGGUGUUUGAGGCAGCGCAACUGGGCAUCCCCGACCUGGUGGUGGAGCAUCACGAGUGUGCGCCGAAAACUAUGUCCAAGCAGGGCCGGGACGUGCAAAUGUACUGCCGCAUCGACCUGAAAGCCAAGGCCAAGGGCAUGGCAUUCGUGGGUGAUCGCCUAGAUGACGGAUCGCUUGCUACGCCAACUAUGAAGCGAGGAUUUGUAGGGGCUCUGUUCCGAGAUAAUUUCAAGAAUCUUCCUUUUGCUGCUGGCUACGUGAUUUGGGAGGUGCAAAAAUCGCUGAACCCACCUGCCAUGCUCAAGCCCUCGAAACCCAAAUUUUGGUUGACGGGCCAACUUGAAAUGCAAGCAGACCGCGUGUAUGAGUUGCAGUGA